AGCAGCUAGUGCAGAGGGGAGGAAAGAAAGGGAGGAGAUUGUGCAAAGGUUUAAUCAAGCCAGAAGCAUCUCAUUAACCUUUACCGCUUCUUCUCCAUGCUGUUCUCUUCUGGCUUAGUUUGCUCUAUUUAAUGCAUUGUACCAGAAUGAUACAGAUCUUGGACCCAAGGCCUUUGCCCAGCUCCAUGAUGCCUGUUGAUGUGGCCAUGAGAAUUUGCUUAGCCCAUUCGCCACCUCUGAAGAGAAUUCUCAGCCCUCUUGAUGACUAUCAAAGAAGAAACUUUGUUAACAGAUUCAAGCCUCUCAGACCAUGUCUCAACGUGAAACGUGAUUCUGAGUGUCGAAAUAAUGAAUGGAACCACUCCCCAAGCCGAGCCAAGAAGCGAGUUGUGUUUGCGGAUUCAAAGGGGCUAUCUCUGACUGCAAUCCAUGUUUUCUCUGAAAUCCAGGAGCAUCCAGUGUGGGAUCUUCAGUUUGACUUGUUAGACCUUCAAGAUAUAACUGCUGGUUUAAAACUACAUGAAGAGAAAAAUUUGAUUUUGGGUUUCUCUCAGCCUUCAGCUGAUUACUUAGAUUUCCGGAAUCGCUUGCAGAAGAACUUUAUCUGUCUUGAGAAUUGCACCCUCCAAGAAAGGGCUGUGGCAGGGACUGUGAAAGUGAAAAACAUGAGCUAUGAGAAGAAGGUUCAGGUUCGAAUUACGUUUGAUACGUGGAAAACCUACACUGAUGUUGACUGUAUAUAUAUGAACAAUGUGUAUGGCGACUCUGACAGUGACACUUUCUCAUUUGCCAUUGAGCUGCCUCCAGCCAUUCCCACUCAAAAGAAGAUUGAGUUCUGCAUUUCUUACCAAAGCGGUGAGCACAUCUUCUGGGACAAUAAUGAGGGUCAGAACUACAAGAUUGUCCAUGCAGAAUGGAAACCUGAUGGCGUCCAAGCACCAGCAUCUACUCAGAGAGACUGCACAGUUCAUAAGAUUCCAAGGAAGACACAUGAAACAGAGUAUGAGCAGCUUGGCAGUCCGAGGCUGUCAAAUGGCUUCUUUCCUGAGUGGCAAAGCUGGGGUAGGAUUGAAAACUCAGCCCCAUAUUGGUGAAUGAACUACUUGCCCAUGAGCAUUCCUGCUUUCAAUAACUAAACAGUGUUAGUCUUCAGCCUCUGCUUCAUGUACAGUACACCAAAACCUGCUAGAAAGUUUUGCUGACUCUUCUUACAAAUCCAAAUUUACUAGCACUUUGGGACUUGUUGAGUUAAAGCAAUUGACCAUCUGAGAACUUCUAAACUUCUCAGCCACAUCUUACCCUUGGAGAAAAAGGGGUCCAUUUCAAAAUGGAAAAACAAGUCCCUCAGUCGGUUACCUACUGUAGAAAUAGCAUGUCUGUGUUAAGUAUACAUGACUUUCUUUGCUAUUCACUAGCCUUAAUCAUGGGUUAAGAGACACUUGUGAGGAAGUACAAUUGUGUGGUGGAGUUUUGGGAAGCUGUGAUAAUUGUGUGGGGGGGACGUUAAGUGAACAGAGCCACAAUUCAUUUUGUGCAUGGCACAGUAUGUAGUAGAGAUGGGAUAUUGCUGCUGAGACAGAGGUUUGUCUUAACCCUCUACAUCCUCAUGGAAACAAAAUGCAAGGUUAUGAUUCUGUGGUAUGAAUAAGGAGUAUCUUUUUGGGUGGAUAACAGAAAAGUGAGAGAAGGGGAAGAGGUAAGAUGCACUGUAUAUUUUAGGAAAGCGCAAAAACUUUUGGAAGCUGGUCUUCCAAAAAUCACAUGGGAAAUUUUUAAGGGGUAACAAUGAAUUAAUCAAUAAAGAAAGUGCAAUUAGCUUAAACUGCAGCCUUUUUGUUCUAACUACUUCAUAUGUGAAAAUAAGUGACAGAGUAAUGAUAGAUGGGAGGGGUGAACUCUGUAAAUAUGCUUAUGUAUAUUUAAUCUUGUGGGAGGUGCCUAUCUUGUACCAUAAGCUCAAAGUUCUGCCUUCACUUAUACCCAUGCAACCCCACUGACUUCACAGGCAGAAUUUGGCUCUGUGUACAUUUAAGAAGCCAUGUGCCUUUUAAAAAUCCCUAAGAUGCCAAAAAUCCUAUCUUGGAAAAAAUUAUUUAGAAGACAGAUCAUGUAACUUAUAAAAUGCCCUAAUUUAUAGGUGAGGAGUUAAAUGUGUUGGCUCAUCUGCUGAUCUGAUCUUUCUUAUGAAUGUUUGUCUUGGCUCUUAUGGUAUCUUGUUCCCUAUUGCAGUCAGUAACACUUCCCCUCAAAAAUAGUUUUCCAAAGCAGUAAAGUAAACUUAGGCAACUGAGGUCCUUCAUAUUGAAGGUGCUGAGAUAACUGCACUUUUUGAAAGCUAAUCUGUUAAAAAGAGCAGGGUUGCCACUGGUUUUCUCUAGAAAGAAUACUUGUCAUAGUUAAAUAUCUUGCACAUAAAUAGGAGCAGUUUUCUAUGCUUCGUCUCAGACCUCAGUCAUUUUCUGUGAAGUCAAAAUGUUUGGUACUUUUUUUUUAUUUUACGUAUUUCAGCAAACCCAGUGUAUUUUUGCACUUUGUGCUUCACAUCCUGAGCUAUCAAAGUGUAAAGAUAAUCUUUUUCCUGUGAGAAUGAAGUGGGAGAUACUAAGAAUGUAUGGGAUGUAGCAACUCUAAAUAUAUACAAUACACACACCUGUGUUCACUUGUCUGGUAUACUGAGCUGAUGUUGACAUGAAAAUGCAAAUCAUAUUACUCACUCAGAUACUGAGGAUUGGAGCAUUUUUGUAAUAAAAAGGUAAACGUUUAAGGUGAAAUUAGCCUCUUCCAUUCCCACCCAAAUAUUUUUCUACUGUAACUAUCACUGUACUGUGUAAACUGGUCCAUUUUAAGAAUAAAACAUAUUUUGAUAUAUCAAACUGUUUUCCUGAGGGAUUUCAAAAACAAAAACAAAACCCUCCUUCACCACCCAUUGUCCUGCUUUAUGUGAUUAAGAGGGCAAUUGAGAGUGAAUGGUAGGAAGACCUGGAUCAGCAUUAUGGUCUGCAAGGGAGCACUGCUAGAGUUGGUCAAAAAUUAACAUUUAUCCCAUGGAAAACUUCAAUUUUCAACCUGAAUUUAAACGAAAAAGUUAAUUGUGAAUGAAAGGCCUAAAAUAUUUCAGUAAUAUUCUUUGGGUCAAAGUGUCAAAACAACAUUAGACAUUCCCAAAUUGAAACGUGUGACUGGGAUAUUUUUGAACCAAAUCGGAACAUAAGUUUGUCAAACUGUCUGCCUGAACUGCUGUCAUGUAGUGUAGACAUACCCUUAGAGACAAAAUUAGGUCGAUUUUAUAGAAGUCAAUUUUUAGAAACCGAUUUUAUACAGUUGAUUGCGUACGUCCGCAUUAAGUCAGCAGAGUGCGUCCUCACUACCGUGGCUAGGAUCGACUUACAGAGCGGUGCACUGUGGGUAGGUAUCCCACAGUUCCCACAGUCUCUGCUGCCCAUUGGAAUUCUGGGUUAAGCUCUCAAUGCCUGAUGGGGCAAAAACAUUGUCGCAGGUGGUUUUAGGUACAUGUUGUCAGGCCCCCCUCCCUCUGUGAAAGCAAUGGCAGACAAUCGUUUCAUGCCUUUUUUUUUUCUUGGGUUACCCGUGCAGACGCC